AUGACGGCGGGCUGUAUUCAUACCCUUCAGCCUUUCCCGAAGGAUAUGCUAGAAAUGCAAGAAGAGGCAACCAAACACGCCGACGCCUCGAGUGGGUUCUGGCUCCUAGGAGUGCUAGCCACUCGGUGUGUUAAUCUUCUCUCGAAUGUUUCAAAAACGAAAGGAAUGGAAUCCGUGCUCAGCCUCGUGGAAGAAGGCAUUGUGCUUCAGCAAGACUUUCAACAUGUUCUUGGGCUCUUCACCCAACACGAACCAUAUACAACCACUCGAGAGAUCCGUGGAGACCCAGUUCUUAUUUAUGACGGCCGCAUUGAUUUAUACAUGACCCCCUGGGCAAUCCGCGUCUGGAAUAACUCUCGAAUGCUCCAAGUGGUUGUCUGCGAAGUGUUAUUCCAUCUCAUGAACAGGAUUCUCGACGCGAAUAUCACACCGGUCCACCGGGCGCAAAUAAUGACGAAACUCCACGAGACUUUCCAAAUUUUAUCAACUCUAGGAGAUGAUAUGCUAGCCACUGUUCCGCAGGCUUUAGGGGUUGUAUCGUCAGCACCUGACCUUGAUCUGUACCUCGAUCUCCCUGCCCGUGUCAGUGUAUCGCGUGGCUACAUGGUGGUCUGGUCUCUUUACACAGUGGGCAAAUCCCCCGUGACAAGAAGUGAGACUCGGAAGUGGAUUAUUACGAUUCUCAAGCAUGUUGGUCACACUGCAGGCAUCGCAAUGGCGCUGCGGUUUGCCGAUGAUGUUGAUGAGAUAGACAAGUUGGCUGAUCACUUGUAA